ACACGUAUUCACAGCAUUUCCUCUCAGCCAUGGUGGAGACUCGGAAUUUAAAGGAAGAGGAGAAAAAAGCCAAGGAGAAGUCCCGCCAGGCCUGGCUCACAACCAAUGGGUUCCGAGUGAUCGGUCUUCAUAAGAGCACUGAGAGCGACCACCACCUCGACCUGCUGCCCAUUGGUGCCACCACAGAGCUGACCGAGGAGUGGAGGGAAAACGCACUGUUUGCUAACGUGAUGAGGCCUGUGCUGGACCGAGACAGGUGGAGCUGGGACCAGCGCCAUCGGGACUUUGAUCUGUACAGGAAGCCACCGCCUUUCCUCAAGGUGCCCGCUUCUCGGACCCUGAACCCAGCCACAG